GAUGGGAUUGGCGGAUUACUUCUUGCAUCGUGAACAGAAACAUCAGGAGUCAGCACGCGCCGUGGCGCGCGGACACAGCGGCGCUUAAGUGCACCAGCUCGGAGAUGCUGCACAGCAGCGCGCGCGGCCACACUUCAUACCGCGUUUUAACUACGACGGGACAUGAACUGUGCCUCCAGCCACCCAAGAAAGUAUUUCUAACAAGAGUAUGAGCUGUCCUGAGGGGUGGAAAUCUAAAACCUCUUCUUCCUUAUUCGUUGUGGGAAGUGAGUGAUGGUGCGCUCGUGCUGAGGAGUAACGUUUUUUGGAGGAAAGCGCACCAUAUAAGUACAUCAGACUCCGUCUUCUGUAAACUGUAUACACCAAAAGCACAGAUUCCACUGCAGCCCCUGCACUCAUAGGGCCUGAUACCAUCAUGCCUAUCAUCAGUGCAAAUGACUUCAGUAGUUUCUCCAUCAGCACAGAUGACAGCAGCUUCGACCGUUUUUUUACCGAGAUCCCGGAGACGGAGACCAUUAAAGGAGUGUACUUUCAGCGAGCCCAGCUACUACGUGACCCCUCCGCACUCGCAAACGUCGACCACAGCAAACUGGCCCUUGUGAAUGUUGGUGGGGAUCGUUACACAUUUGCCUGGAGCACGCUGGAUGACUUCCCACUCUCCCGUUUGGGCCAGCUACGUCACUGCAGCAGUCCCGAAGACAUUGCCCGGCUGUGUGAUGACUACGACGAGGUGAGCCGCGAGUUCUUCUUUGAUCGCAGCGCCACCGCCUUCCGUGUCAUCCUCAACUUCCUGGCGGCGGGCAAGCUGAGGCUGCUGAGGCAGGCGUGUGCUGUUUUUCUCUCAGAUGAGCUCGCUUACUGGGGCAUCGAGCCCACUGGGAUGGAGCACUGCUGCAGGCGUGUUAUGAUCACCUGCCUGGAGGAGGUGGCUGAGAAGAAGCGGAAAGAAGAGGCUAGGAGGCAGAAGAGGCUGAUGAAACAACCAGAACAAGAGAAGAAGGAAGGGUUCCAUGGCUUCUUGAGCCGUCUCAGGGACGUGGUGGAGAACCCACACUCUGGCUGGCUGGGCAAGACCUUUGCCUGUGUCUCGGUGGCUAUGAUUGCUGUGACCGUGGUCAGCUUGUGCAUCAGCACUAUGCCCGAUCUCAGAGAGGAAGAGAGCCGAGGCGAAUGUUCCCAGAGGUGUCAACAGAUAUUCAUCGUGGAGACCGUGUGCGUGGCCUGGUUUACCCUCGAGCUCAUGCUACGCUUCCUGCAGGCCCGUAGCAAGCUGGAAUUUGCGCGUGAGCCACUCAACAUCAUUGAUGCCGUGGCCAUUCUGCCAUACUACAUCUCCCUGCUGGUGGAUGAGAGAGAUCUGAGGCUGGGAGAUCGUACAAAUGUUGGUGGAGGGUAUUUGGAUAAGCUGGGUCUGAUUCUGAGGCUCAUGCGUGCCCUGCGCAUCCUGUACGUCAUGCGGCUGGCGAGGCACUCACUGGGUUUGCAGACUCUGGGCCUGACAGUGCAGAAGAGCAUGCAUGAUUUCGGUCUUCUGCUACUUUUUGUGUGUGUGGCUGUCACCUUGUUCUCCCCUCUCGUACACUUGGCUGAGAGCGAGCGCCAUGGCUUCAACAGCAUCCCUGCCUGCUAUUGGUGGGCCAUCAUCUCCAUGACCACAGUGGGCUAUGGCGACAUGGUCCCACGCACCAUCCCCGGUCAGGUGGUGGCCUUCAGCGGCAUCCUGAGUGGCAUCCUCAUCAUGGCCUUCCCAGCUACCUCUAUUUUCCACGUGUUCUCACGCUCCUACCGUGAGCUGAGACAGGAACACGAAAUGAUGUGCAAAGAUGAAAGAGCGGCCUUAUUAGCCACGGAGGAGGUCUGGACAGAAUCAGAGAGGAGCUCCUACUGUUGGACGCAAGAAUAUCCCAACAAACUCGAUGAGGGUGAGAAUAGGGAUGGGUCUAAACAGUCUGUUUUUGCAACCACAGCGUGCUUGGACUUGCCAUAGAUACUGGAACUAGUGAUCAUGGGGGUUGCAGUAAAACUUGGUAUGGUGCUCAUGUACAAAAGCUUUCAUGUGCGCAAGGAAACAAGGCGUGCCAGAUGACAGGGAACAAACCGACACUGUAGAAACGACAGAAAAAUGGUGGAGGGCAACAGCAAAAGUGGAGAAAGAAGGUCUCCUGGUAGAGCAUAUGUUUUCUACUUGCUGCAGCAGCUUCCUUGGGUGCAAAGUUUGUGCCGAGCCCUGGCAGGAGACUUCUAACCAGUGCAUGAGGUGCUAACACUUAUGUGCGUAGGGUUGCUGGGUUCUCUGAAGUAUUGAGUGUAGUUCAAGACAGUAUAGGCUUGAUGACUCAGCAAAAAAAAAAAAAAAACUUUGCCAAAUAAUAUAUAUGGACCAAUGAUCCACUGUGGUGACCCCUAAUGUGAGCAGCCGAAAGAAGAACAUAGGAAUGCCUUGGACACUUCAACCCAACAAUCACAAAAUCACCUGUGUUGACUGAGUUUGCAGAUACGGCAGCCUUGCCUGAUUGUGUCUGUACUUUACAAGUUGUUAUUGCAUAAAAAGUGUGAGAUAAAACUCUUUCCGUGAUCGACUCUUACUUCUAAAUCCACUCACUUCUAAAACCGCUGCUCUGCAAAAGACAUAACAGGAACAGUGUUUCUGAAUGGGAUUUCUAAAUCUAUUGUAAAUGUAACUGGCAAAUAUAACCUUUUUAUUCACGUCUAGGCUAUAAGAUUCUGGUGGUUAGUAAAGAAGCCUGUUGCAUUUUUCAUCUCAAUUUGUAGCCAAAUGAUGGCAAGUUACUUGUAGACUUCUCCAUCUAUUGUAACAUUAUUCUUUACAGGCAUUGUAGAAUACCACACAAUUUCGCUGUUAUAUCCAAUAACUCUAAGUACAUGGGUCACCAAAACAUCCCAAGCUUCUCAUUUUGCUUCAGUUUGCUUGAUUUCUUGCACCCUGAGUAAUAUACCAUGAAAAAGUGUGACACAUGACCACACAACAUCCACCCAGUACAUUUAUUACUGUAUAAUUAAAACUAUUUGUGACAUUUACACAUAAAUUAGGUCACAUUUAAUAUACAUAAUGUUAAAAAGAAAUAUAAUCAUUGAUAUGGUGAAGUUUUCUGUAAGGAGACGUUUAUUUAACUUUUAUGAAAGGAGUCUACAGUGUCAGUGCUUUGUAAGAGUCAGACAUUCUGACAUUCUUAAAAAUCUCUUCUAGCUCUAAGCUGCCAACUUAAAACCAGAUACAGAAAAGAAAAAUUUAUAUUGAUUGCGCACACUUAUAUCGAUUGCACUCUUAUAUUUGCAUAUUUAAUGAAUUAUGAAUCAUUGUGUGUAAGAGUCCACAAGUGCAGGCUAUUGAGAGGACUCGGCUUGUGCGCCUUGUUGCAGCUUAUUAAAGUCAGGAGACGUGAACCCAACUAAAAUGAGGAACCCAAAUUUGUACCAUUUACUAGCACUUAUUUGUGGGUUCAGUGUCCUUAUGUGCAUCAAGUCAGAGUACCAAUCUUUUUUUCUUUAGACCCUGCAUGCGUUGUAAUGAUCAUCACAUGAUUUAGAGUUUGUUUUUUUUUUGUUUUUUUCAUUAAAAGAUUCAAUGACUGGAUGUUAGAAACACCUCGGUAACUUAUGACGGUCUGGAUUUAUCCUGCUGAGUGUUAAAUGGAACAGUUUUGGCUCUUUGGCCAUUCAAUGGCCCAUUAAAAUUGCCUUAUCAUGCUGAAACUUAAAAACAGUCCUUGCUCAAGCACAUUUUCUUCACUUGACACUCUCCCACUGGUUUAUCAUGGAGAUGGACAUCGCAAUUUCUGUAUGGUUUAUCUAUUCUCACCUCACAAAAGCAUAGCUAAGCCAAAUGUGGCAGUGAUGGAACCGACAACAGACAAAAGGAGUGUGAAGAGAAGAAAUAAAAACCAGUAUGCUUCAGUGAACUGCAGCAGUGGUUUGGGUUUGAGCCAGCUAAAUUGCUAAAGGUCCAACACAGUGGACAUUAGCACAUAUUAACUCUUAAUUAUUGCUCAUACUGAGUUUUUUUUUUGUUUUUUG